GGUUACUUUGCAGAGGCAUGGGGGGUAGUGUGUGAACGUCGGUCCGGAAGGUGAUUAAAGCCCUUGAAUUCGAUUAAAAAGAGCAUGGAAGGGAAGAGGAAGUGGACGCAGCUUCUUUGGUGAGCUAACGUUUUUGCCGAAAACGCCGUGCAGAAUCACCCUUGUGAAUGUGUAGCCCUGAGUACACUCCGGCUGCGUGUGUAUCGGGCCGUGAAGCUUUGCUCUUCGUAGUUGGCACCUUUCCAAAGCGGAGCAGUUUUCUGUGAUCAUGAUUUGUACUUUCUUACGAGCUGCACAGUGUGCGGAGAAGCUGCGCAGGUCGUCGGGGAAGCGGUGGUUCCCGCCACACUUGGUGCCUAACAGAGCUUGCCUGAAGACUGCGCCCAGCCUGAGCUGGGCUGUGCGAGAGCGAAAGGAAACGGUGCAACCCAGGUGUAUCCUUGGAGUCACCCAGAAAACCAUCUGGACGCAGGGGCGGAGCGCGCAGAGGGUAGGGGACGACGGCGGCAAACAAGUGUCUGUGCACAGCCAGGGACGGGAAGCCGGCGUCUCCACGUCACAGAAAGUGAAAGAAGCUGGAAGAGAUUUUACCUAUUUGAUUGUGGUGCUUUUUGGAAUCAGCAUCACAGGUGGCUUGUUUUACACAGUUUUCAAAGAACUUUUUUCUUCAUCAAGCCCUAAUAAGAUCUAUGGGAAAGCCUUAGAAAAAUGCAGAUCACACCCUGAGGUCAUCAGUGUGUUCGGCGAGCCUGUGAAGGGCUACGGGGAGGCGACGCGCCGCGGGCGGAGGCAGCACGUCAGUUUUAUUGAAUAUGUAAAGGAUGGGCUGAAACACAUGCGCGUGAAGUUCUACAUCCAGGGCUCUGAGCCUGGGAAGCAAGGAACAGUGCAUCUUGAAGUGAAGGAGAACCCAGAAAGUGGCGAGUACGAAUUUCGAUAUAUAUUUGUUGAACUUGAGCCCUACCCUAGAAGAACUAUUGUCAUUGAAGAUAAUCGAUCCUGAGGUGAUUGCAGGGCCCCAGCAAGCACGGCUUCCGGGCAGAUGUGGCAUGGUGUGGACCCCCAGCCCUGCUCUUCCCUGCUCCUCCCGAGUCUGUAGAAUGAGGCAGGACAGAGUGUGUAGCUCAGAAAAGUGAAUGCAAGUGGGUAGUCAUUGCAUUUAAACACAGUGAACUGGAGGUUCUCUUGUAGAGGGCAAAAUCAUGAAGUGGAACAUAGUUUAUGCUCUCUGAAUCGAUCAUGGACAGUAUUUCUGCUCUAGUUAAUAUUCUCUUUCAUGAUAAGAAAUCUUCGUUAAUUAAAAAUUUUACACCAUGUAAAUAAGAGAAAAGAGUUGACUAUUUUAUGCUUUUAUGUUGUAUAACUGUAUAAAAUCUGUGAAAUAAAGUCAAAACUAACAAAAA